AUGAGCACGGGAUGUGAUUGUCCGGUGAUCCAAGCGGGGCCCACAUUGGCAUCGACAUGUGGUGGAUCCACUUUCAUGCUUUUUAUGGGUCUUUUAGAAGUUUUCAUAAGAUCCCAAUGCGAUCUUGAAGAUCCCUGCGGUAGACCCAAAGAAAAAAUUAUUUUUGAUCCCGAAUAUGAUUUUAUUGUCGUCGGUGGAGGAAGCGCGGGUUCCGUCGUUGCGAGCAGGCUGAGCGAAAUACCCCAUUGGAAAGUAUUAUUAAUAGAAGCGGGUGGAAAUGAGCCUACAGGUGCGCAGGUACCAUCAAUGUUUUUUAAUUUCGUCGGUAGUAAUAUCGAUUGGAAUUAUAAAACCGAACCUGAAGAUAGAGCUUGUUUAAACGAACCAGAAAGAAGAUGUUCGUGGCCUAGAGGAAAGGUAUUGGGUGGUACCAGUGUCAUGAAUGGUAUGAUGUACAUGAGAGGGAGUCGUCACGAUUUUGACCAGUGGGCAGCACUCGGGAACAAAGGUUGGUCUUUCGAAGAAGUACUACCGUAUUACCUGAAAUCAGAAGAUAAUCUACAGAUAGAAACGAUGGAUCAGGGUUACCACGGUAUCGGAGGUUAUUUGACGGUAACACAAUUUCCAUACCAUCCUCCGCUAUCCUAUGCGAUACUCCAAGCCGGGAAAGAAAUGGGAUACGAAGUUCGGGAUCUAAACGGACGUAAACACACGGGAUUCGCAAUCGCACAAACGACAAGUAGAAACGGUAGCCGGUUGUCUUCAUCCAGAGCGUUUUUGAGGCCGAUAAAAGCAAGACCGAAUUUACACAUUCUUUUAAACACGACCGUUGCAAGAGUUUUAAUUAAUCAGGAAACAAAACAGGUUUACGGAGUUGAAAUAGUUACCGGAGAUGGACGAAGACAACCGAUAUUUGCAAGAAACGAAGUCGUUUUAUCAGCCGGUGCAGUGGCAUCACCACAAAUAUUAUUACUCUCAGGAAUCGGUCCGAAAGAAGAUUUGGUACCUUUUCACAUACCCGUUAUACACAAUCUUCCCGGUGUGGGUAAAAACCUUCACAAUCACGUGGCAUUUUUCCUGAAUUAUUUCAUCAACGAUACCGACACGACUCCACUCAAUUGGGCCACCGCCAUGGAAUAUUUGUUAUUCAGAGAUGGUCUCAUGUCCGGUACGGGUAUAUCAGAAGUGACGGCAUUUCUACCAUCGAGGUAUCAAAAUCCUACGGUCGAUAAUCCGGACUUACAAUUUUUCUUCGGCGGAUUCCUUGCCAACUGUGCGAAAACGGGUCAGGUUGGAGAAACAUCCGGACCGAAUCGUGUUAUUAAUAUCAUUCCAUGUCUUUUACAUCCGCAGAGCAGAGGAUACAUAACGCUUAAAUCCGCGGAUCCUUUAGAUCAUCCGAAAAUAUUCGCGAGGUAUUUGACACAUCCGGACGAUGCCAAUCGUUUGGUCGACGGUAUUAAAAUCGCAUUGAGAAUGGCGGAAACUCCAUCUUUGAAAAGAUACGGAUUCAGACUCGAUAGAACUCCAGUUCAAGGAUGUGAAAAUUAUACGUUCGGUUGCGACGAAUAUUGGCAUUGUGCCGUGGCAAGAGCGACGGGACCUGAAAAUCAUCAAGCAGGAUCAUGUAAAAUGGGUCCCCCGCAGGAUCCUCUCGCCGUCGUCGAUAACACUCUUCAAGUUUACGGGAUUAAAGGAUUAAGAGUUGCCGAUGCGUCCAUUAUGCCAUUUGUAACGAGUUCAAAUACGAAUGCGCCGGUUAUUAUGAUUGCAGAAAAAGCCGCGGAUUUUAUUAAAAACGCAUGGCUACGAAGAUUCGAAGCUAGAUUUAAUAAUCCAAACUGGUUUUAA